AUUGAUAUCAGUUUUGGAAUCACAUCCAUUGAAGAUAGUUCAUCUGAACUUAAUAGAAAAUUAAAAUUUUUAAUAUAUAAACAAAAUGUCUAAAAUGAUUUAUUGUUUAUUUUUAUUAACAAUUGGUUUACUGAUAACCCAAUCGCUGACUUUACCAACACCAGAUGAGGAGAGAUAUUGGGAUAAAGAGGUAAGGGAUAUAAAGUAUAAUCGCGAAUUAUUAAACUGGCUGUCUUCUGUACAAUAUCCACAACAAUUCAUCAAUCCUUGUAAGUAUUACAUGGGUAAUAUGCUCACAGGACCAGUGCCUAAAAGGAAUUCCGAACUCAUCAAUUCGUUAUUGAGUUUACCUAAGAACAUGAACGAUGCAGGCAAAUAAAUAAUGUAACCCGAAUAUAGAGACACAUUGUAUA